CCGUGUUGUUGUUCCCGGUGACGCGGCGGAGGUGUAGCCUGACGCGGGCUCUUACGUGUCGGCCAGAAUAAAAGUGGAGCUCCGGAGGCCCGGGAGUGACGAAGGGAGUCUGUAUCGCUAAACCAAUGAAGAUGGAGUCUGCAGUCGAGGCUCAGCAGGGGGUGGAGACUGCUGUGACUGAGACUGAGAGCCAGCAGAUCACUCCGGCACAGAUCGCUACGUUAGCACAGGUAUCCAUGACAACAGGACACGCCUCAGCAACAGGUCCCACGGUAACGCUGGUACAGCUUCCCAACGGACAGACGGUUCAGGUCCAUGGCGUCAUCCAGGCAGCACAGCCGUCUGUUAUCCAGUCCCCACAGGUCCAGGCUGUACAGAUUUCUACCAUAGCAGAAAGUGAAGACUCCCAGGAGUCAGUAGACAGUGUAACUGACUCUCAGAAGCGCAGAGAGAUUCUCUCACGACGCCCCUCAUACAGGAAAAUCCUCAAUGACCUUUCAUCCGACGCACCAGCUGUCCCUCGUAUCGAGGAGGAAAAGGCUGAGGAGGACUCAUCUGCUGCUGCUGCCACACCAGCCAUCACCACCGUUACUGUCCCCACACCCAUCUACCAGACCAGCAGUGGCCAAUACAUUGCCAUCACACAAGGAGGAGCCAUUCAGCUGGCCAAUAACGGUACAGAUGGAGUCCAGGGCCUCCAGACUCUGACUAUGACCAAUGCAGCAGCAGCUGCUCAGCCUGGAGCCACCAUCCUGCAGUACGCACAGACCAGCGACGGCCAACAGAUACUGGUUCCCAGUAACCAGGUGGUGGUCCAAGCCACCUCCGGUGACGUCCAGGCCUACCAGAUCCGAGCAGCCCCUGCUAGCACCAUCGCCCCCGGGGUGGUCAUGGCCUCCUCACCCGCCCUUCCCACACAGGGCGCCACAGAGGAGGUGACCAGAAAACGGGAGGUCCGCCUCAUGAAGAACAGAGAGGCGGCCCGUGAAUGUCGCAGGAAGAAGAAGGAGUAUGUUAAGUGUCUGGAGAACCGAGUUGCCGUCCUGGAGAACCAAAACAAAACACUAAUCGAAGAACUUAAAGCUCUUAAGGACCUUUACUGCCAUAAAUCUGAGUAGUUCCUCUACUGAACACCAAGCUGGGCCAAGUAGCAUUUCAUUUCCUUUCAAAAUACCUUUGAUUUUGCCUGCCUGGCCUUCUAGUUUGCUCACGGCUGGCAUUUAUCUUCUUGUUUGUUUUACUUUUUUUUUAGGGAAGAAUUUACUCAAUCUGGUUCUGCUUCAGUAGGCUGUCAGUUUAUAACAAAUAAACAUACACAAACAGGGUUUCCGCCUGUUUGCCUGGCUAGCUAAGGCUGGAAGGUAGCAGGAGUUUAUGGUAGUUGGAAGCGUAAAGUGUUGAACAUCACUCUACACACAAUGAGAGUAAAGAACAUGCUCUUUCUCUAUAGUGUGUUCAACAGACUGUUACAUGGUUAACUGGUGUAACUAGUUUAAAAACAUCUUCCCCAAUACUUAGGCCAGUGGGCUGCUGGGCCUCUAAUCGACUGGCGGAAGCCCUGACAAAAUGAUGUAUCAUCAUGCAGGACUGAUGAUAAACAUGGAAAAAAGUUCCACCUGAAACUUUCUAUUUUGAAGUAAUAGCUACAAAUCUGUGCAACAUGAUUUAAAGGGUGCAGUCAGCUGCUGACAACAUGUUGCUUUACACACUUCUCUCUGCAAGCCUGCGUCUUGUUGUCAUAGUUUCGGUCUGUAUUAGUCGGCUUCAUAUUGUUCUCAUCAUUGUUGAGAUGUUUCACAGGAAAAUAGUGUCCAGUGACACAAGGGAAAUAUUAUCCUUUUAUGUGCUUUCAACAUGAAAAAGAAGCUCUACAUGGACUCUUUUUGUUGCCAUCAUCAGGUCAAACAAGUUUUUGUUGAAUUUCCAGACCAACCACCUGAUUCUGUUGGUUCAUAGUGGUUUACUUGUAGACUAACCUCUGUCACCUCUGCUCAGAUCUGAAAUGUUUUUGGUUGUAUUAGUUGUUGCAAAAAGUUAUUUAACCAUCUGAACCCAUAGUACACGUUUUUACUCACUGUGGAAUUU